AUGCUUUUGCCAAAGGACGGCGUAUCAUGGAAGGCGGCACAGGCCAGGCUGCCUCCGACUAGAGCUGUAUGGACUUUUCUCACACGCACCCGCUUCCUGUUGGUCGUCGCCAUAGUCGGCCUCGUCAUCUUGUUAUGGAGGGGCGUUACAGGCACCGCAGAGGACCUGCAAAAGUUCUACUGUUUCGGCCCAGCCAAGUCGCCCAUGCAAAUGACACCCAAUGAGCAGAUGCUAUGGACAGGAAGCCUACAAACCCCUGUCAUCUUCAACCACCACGCUCCUGUCGAGAUCAAUCACACCACCAUCAGCAGUGUCGACCUAAACCCCAUAAAGAGCACGAGACAGGCCAUUGACAACAAGGAGCGCGUUCUCCUCCUCACCCCUCUACGCGACGCCGCUCCCUACAUCAACGACUACUUCGACCUCAUCUCUCAAUUGACCUACCCUCACGAGCUGAUCGAUCUCGCUUUCCUCGUCGGCGACAGCACCGAUGACACCCUCGCCGUCCUCUCCAAGGAACUCGAGCGCAUUCAGAGUCGCCCUGACUCCAUCCCCUUCCACAGCGCUACCGUAGUGCAGAAAGAUUUCGGUGUUCAUCUGAGUCAGAGUGUCGAAGAUAGACACGGUUUCGCUGCACAAGGUCCUCGUAGAAAGGCCAUGGGCAAGGCUAGAAAUUACCUUCUCAGUGCUGCCAUGAAGCCUGAGCACAGUUGGGUCUACUGGCGUGACGUCGACAUCAAAGACAGCCCUUCCAAGAUCAUCGAGGACUUUAUCGCUCACGAUCGAGAUGUCCUUGUUCCUAACGUCUGGUUCCACCGCUACGAGAAUGGUCGCGACAUUGAAGGAAGAUUCGACUACAACUCAUGGCAGGAAUCCGAGAAGGGCCUCAAACUAGCCGCAACCCUCGACAAAGACACGGUUCUCGCAGAGGGCUAUAAAGAAUACGACACGGGCCGCACCUACAUGGCCAAAAUGGGCGACUGGCGCGAGGACAAGGACUACGAGAUCCCCUUGGAUGGCAUUGGCGGCGUCAACAUCCUCGUCAAAGCCGAUGUACACCGUAGCGGCAUCAACUUCCCUGCCUAUCCCUUUGAGAAUCAAGCCGAAACUGAAGGUUUUGCGAAGAUGGCCAAGCGCGCGGGAUACGGGGUCUAUGGAUUGCCGAAUUACAUUGUGUGGCAUAUUGAUACAGAUGAGAAGCCUGGAAAUGCGUAG